UUGUGUAUAAGGGAGAGAAAGAGAUAUCACACAAGGGUGGAUGAUGAGUGACACAAUCCGAACAACGCAGGCGCGUCUAGAGAGAACUCCAGAGGCACGAGUCUCAUGCUUGCGUAGCGACGCUCUUUUACUUUCCCAUCAUUCGACUCUCGCACGCGCGAUCGCGAUAAUCUAAUACCGUUUUCAAGCACCUCGUGUAUCGCAUUAAUAAAUUAUUCACCAAUUACAAUUAUCAUAAACACAAAUUAAGUGCUCUCUCAUUUCGUACAUCUGCCCCCUAAUUUCUAAUCACUUUUCAAAAAAGAUUUUAUCACCAAAAACAAAAUUACAACCCUUUUUACCUUUUGUAAAAAUAAAUUUUAUUCUGAAAAAUUAUCAACAAAACUUAUCAUCAGCAUUUUCAAAACAGUUCAAAAGAAUCGUUUCCAAAAAUAGUUGUACUCAAAGGAAUCAUUUCCAAAACAAAUAGAAAUAAUUAUCAAAACAGGAACUGUUAUUCUGCCUCUGCUUCUAAAUUCAUCGCAUUUCUUAAAAAUGAUUUUCAAAAGCAUCGUUUUCAAAAGAAUUGGUUAAUAAAACAGUGAAAUGAAAAUUAAGUGAUAAAUUAAAAUACUACCCCUACGAUCUUUCGGAAUGUGAUACUAAAUGUGAAUAUGCGAUAGGAAACUUUUCGAUGGAUACGAAGAUUUUUGAAGGCAGUUUUUGUAUUAGUUCACCCCCAAUAGUGAAAAUUGCUGCAGCACAAGUAGGUGGUUCUGAAACACAAGUGGUCCUCAAGUUCAGAGAAGCAACAGUCGUUAAAGGAAACGAGUGUAGGAGCCUCAAAAGAAGCGGAACCCCUCAUUCAGUAUUCAUAGACUUUUAAAUUGUCCAAGGUAGCAGUUAAUCAUAAUGUGACAAGUUCCGGAAUUCGUUCAAAGUCUGAUUUUUUUACAACAGCUACAAAAUUUUUAAUACUUGAUACGUACUGGUAAAUUAGUUCUUAAAAGAUCCACAAAAAAUUGAACAUCUAAAAGAACUGAACAUAAAAAAUAAUAGAACAUUUAACAAAAUGGAACAUCCAAAGGAAUCGUAAAUCCAAAGCAAUUGAAUGUCCAAAAGAAUUGAACAUCUGAAAGAACUGAACAUAAAAAAUAAUUGAACCUUCAAAAGAAUGGAACAUCCAAAGGAAUUGUAAAUCGAAAGCAAAUGAAUGUCGAAAAGAAUUGAACAUCCAAAGCAAUUGAGUAUCAAACAGAAUUGAACACCCAAAGCAAUUGAGUAUCCAAAAGAAUCGAACACCCAAAGCAAUUGAACAACCAAAACAAUUGAAUAUAAAAAAAAAUGAGUACAUCCAAAUUGUGAAAAAUAUCAACGGAAUGUAGAAUGUGCACAAGGGUGAAUCAAAAUUGGUGGUAUUGUGCUUUAGGUAACGUUUUGUUAUUAAUAGUAAUGGGAUGUGGAUGAUAUUACAGAUCAUGUGUUAGAUAAUCAAAUGCUACUCCAUGCACAUGAUGGCACGAAACAUUUAGAUGAUAUGCCAAUUGCAAUAACAAAAUUUAUUGCGUUAUAUAAUAACCGAAAUGGAAUUAAUACUGCAAUUGUAUUAUGGAUACUGUGCAGUUGACACAAAGAAUUCCUCCUAACGGCCUACACUGACAAAUGGUGAUUUGACAAUGUCAUCAGCAACGAACAAUCAUACAACACUUCUCAAAAUGACUAAUCUUUGAUUAGACCUCAUUAGCAAAUUUCAAAGUGCUACGUAAGAAGAAAAAGCCUAAAAAUGAAUUCAACAUUCGAGUCACAAUGUGUCGGUUGGUUGGACACCUUCCACACGAAAUAUAUUGCAAUUCAUGGCUGGGCAAGUUUUCUCGUUUGUGUAUUCGGCUCAAUAGCAAACGGCCUAAAUAUCGCGGUUCUAACCCGAAAGGAAAUGUGUUCCGCAACAAAUGCCAUACUCACCGGUUUGGCUGUUGCUGAUUUAUUAGUAAUGUUGGAGUACAUCCCUUAUGCGAUACAUUCGUAUCUUUAUUUUCGACCACCAAAAAGCACCUUCACCUAUGGAUGGACAGUGUUUGUUCUCUUUCAUGCCCUAUUCGCCCAAGUCUUCCACACAAUUUCCAUUUGGUUAACAGUCACAUUAGCUGUUUGGCGCUACAUUGCAGUGGCGCAUCCACAAAAAAAUCGAGAAUGGUGCAGCUAUCAUCGAAGUAUUGUCGCCAUAGUGAGUGCCUAUCUGAUAUGUCCCCUAAUUUGUGUCCCACUUUAUGUGACAACAAGCAUUCAAGAAAGAAGACAAUUGUUCGAUUCCGAUGGACAAUAUGUUAAUAAUUCUUUAUACAACGAGACAACACUUCCCGAUGGUGUCACGAAUGGAACAAUUUUUGUCGUCUCACUUAGCGAUACAGCAAAGGUUUUAAAUUUCUGGAUGUAUAGUGUCGUUAUAAAAUUAAUACCAUGUCUAGCAUUGACUAUAUUGAGUCUCAGGUUGAUACUCGCUUUAAUGGAGGCGAAAAAAAGAAGGAAAAAACUUGCCGAGGCAACAAUGGUUAAAAGUGAAGAGGUGUCGGCUGAAUUUUGCAAUAGUAAAAAGAAAAAACGAAAAUCUUCGAGACUGAUGGACAAGGAGAAACAGACUGAUAGAACAACAAAAAUGCUAUUGGCCAUAUUACUCCUCUUUUUACUCACCGAAUUCCCUCAAGGUGUUCUAGGACUACUUAGCGUUAUUCUCGGGCCAAAGUUCUUUAAAAAAUGCUACAUAAAUCUUGGUGAAGUAAUGGACAUACUGGCCCUGAUAAAUUCAGCCAUCAAUUUCAUUCUUUAUUGUGCGAUGAGUCGACAAUUUCGAAUGACCUUCAAACAACUAUUCUGCAAAAGAAAACUUUUCGGAAGAUGGCUUCCGGUUCCAUUGCACGGUGAAAAUAAUGGAAAUACGGGGACCAAUCAUACAGUGACACAAGUUACUCAAGUCUAGCAAAGGAGAGUUCGACAACCAAUAUGCUAUCCCCUUUAAGGAAAUUUCUUUUUUUUCGAGGACCCUAAACACGAUCCAAUUUUUUUACUCAACAACCCUUCUCUCUCUCUCUCUCACUCACUCUCUCUCUCUCUCUCUCACUCUCGCGACAUAUUUAUUAACCUUUUGAGAAAAGUCGAUAUAAUCCCUCCAAUUAACGCGUCGUGUGAAAUAUAAUAUAAGAAUAUAUGUAUAUUUUUUUAAAGUGCCCCUCUUUUCAUUUCUCAUUUCACUAUUACUUAAAAAUUAAUGAACGACAUUUAUUAAUUUCAGACAAAAAAAAGAAAUUCUAAUUAAAAUUCGUGUUCUUAAUUACAUAAAGAAAAAAUUUUCCUGUUUUUACAAACGAAAAACUGUUUGACUUAUCUAAAAAGGUACAACAAUAAUUUUAACCUUUGAAAUUUUUUUUUUUCGAGAACUCUGACUGAAUUAAUAAAUAUAUUUGAUAAUUUAUUAUAAAUUAUAAUAAAAUAACACAGACAAUAUUAAAACUCAAGUAUACAAUUAUUCAAUAAUAAAUCUACAUAUUUGGUUGGUGAGUUGACGAAUUCGAUCGCAAAACAAAGACACGUACCAAUUUUUAUUAAAAAAAAAAAUUCUAUUCGAAAAUAAUAUUUAUAUGCGAAUAAAAAUUCUACCAAAGAGAAUAAAAACUAAUUUUCAACUCUUUGUAAUCCAUAAUUCAAAGUAGAAAAAUAAAUUAAAUGUAAAAUCAACUUUGUUUGUAAUAAAUUAAAAGAGAAAUUUAAUAAAAGCAGAUAUUUCCUAACACAAAAAAAAAACAAUUAUAAAUAAUUGGAUUCUUUUUUUGGGGAGGGGGGAAAUUAAUAAUUCCCUGCAAAAGAAAAUUUAUAUAAUAAAUUUUUCGCUCAAUUCUCAUUUUAGAAAAAAAAAUUAAAACAGAAAGAUAUAAAAAUAUUGGUACGUAUUUGUAAUUAAAAAAAAGGAUUGAUAGCAAAUGGUUGUCGGACUUUAAAGAGUGAAAAAAUAUUUUAUUAUAGAGUGCUUCUUAAAAUAAUCUAUAUUAUAUAAAAUAUGCCA